GUGGUUUAUCAAAACAUCAUGGCGGCCGGUUUCAAGACUGCUGAGCCUCUGGAGUACCACAGGAGCUUCCUGAAAGAAAACUGCAGACCUGAUGGACGAGAGUUGUCAGAAUUCAGAACCACGACACUGAACAUAGGGUCCAUAUCCACAGCCGACGGCUCAGCUCUGGUGAAGUUGGGAAACACGACAGUGAUCUGUGGGAUCAAAGCGGAGUUGACGAAUCCUCCAGUGGAGGCGCCUGGUAAAGGCUACAUCGUGCCCAACGUGGACCUGCCGCCUCUGUGCUCGUCCCGCUUCCGACCGGGUCCGCCAGGAGAACAGGCCCAGGCCGCCAGCCAGUUCAUCGCAGAUGUCAUCGAAAGCUCUGAGGUGAUCCAAACAGAGGACUUGUGCAUUGAAAGAGGAAAGCUCUGCUGGGUGCUCUACUGUGACCUGAUGUGUCUCGAUUACGAUGGGAACUUGUUGGAUGCUUGUAUCGUUGCCCUGCUGGCUGCUCUGAAGAACACGCAACUCCCAGAGGUGACUAUCAGCACAGAGACCAGUGCACCGGAGGUCAAUUUAGAGAAGAGACGUGGGCUUCACAUCCAGAAACAUCCAGUCGCCACCUCUUUCUGUAUCUUUGAUGACUCCAUACUGAUCGUAGACCCCACGGCCGAGGAGGAGAGUCUGGCCACCGCUCAGCUCGCUGUGGUGACGGAUGAAGAAGGUCGACUCUGCUCUUUACACAAACCAGGUGGGACGUCCCUGUCAGGAGAGAAGCUGCAGGAGUGCAUCAGCCGAGCAACAGUACGACAGAGAGAGAUCCAGAAACUCAUCAACAAAGUUCAACACAGUGUGAAGACAGAUCAAUAAAGAGCCUCAGACCAUGCUUUGUUUUAUCUAAAAGCUGUAUUUUCCACUGUCAAUAUAUAUUCUGUUUAAUAACAAUAAAACUGCUGACAAAGA